GCCCAAAGCUGGAUUUGAGACUUCAGGAACCAAGAUGGCCGACUCCGCCUACUCGUUCAGUUUGACGACCUUCAACCCGUCGGGGAAGCUGCUGCAGAUUGAGUAUGCGCUCAACGCCGUCAACAACAACGGCCGCACGUCGCUCGGCAUCCGCAGCAAGAACGGCGUCGUCAUUGCGACCGAGAAGAAGCUGCCGACGGUGCUCGUCGAUGAAGAAGCCUACAAGAAAAUUGAGAAGCUCUCGUCGAGCGCUGGCGUCGUCUACAGCGGCCUCGGCCCCGACUACCGCGUGCUCGUGCGCAAGGCCCGUAAGAAGGCGCAAGCGUACUACAUGAAAUACAAGGAAAACGCCCCCGCGUCCAUCUUGGUGCGCGAGAUCGCGGCUGUGAUGCAGGAGUUCACGCAGUCGGGCGGUGUCCGCCCGUUCGGCGUCUCGCUCUUGUACGCCGGCUACGACGACGAUGGGCCGCAGCUGUAUCAGAUUGACCCGUCGGGCUCGUACUUUGGCUGGAAAGCCACGGCCAUUGGCAAGGACUCGGUCAGCGCCAAGAGCUUCCUCGAAAAGCGGUACAACGAUGAUAUGGAGUUGGAAGACGCGAUCAACACGGCGCUCAAGACGAUGCGUGAGGGCUUUGAAGGCGAGAUGAACGAGACGAACAUCGAGGUUGGCAUCAUCGGCGAAGACAAGAUCUUCCGUGUCUUGAGCCCGAACGAAGUCAAGGACUACCUUGCCGAAGCCGAGUAAAUACGCGAGCGCAGGACGCCUCUGUUCUGCAUGCAUGUGAGCGACGAGCGAAGAAAUGGACUCUCCUUAAUACGAGCGUUGGAUUAACUCG